AUGGUCGACAAAACAUCAGAUGCGCUUACUGCAAAGCUCGUCAUAACCGUGGCAAUCAUUUGCCUUGGUUCGCUUCAAUUCGGCUACCAUAUGUCUGAGCUCAAUUCUCCAGAGGCGAUUUUGUCUUGCAAAGAAUCGAUCCCCCUUCUUACACCAUAUGAAGACUCUUUCUUCGGUCAGCGUGGAUUUGUACGCUGUAUUCCAUUACAGCCCGAGCAAUUUGGGCUUGUCACUUCGAUCUUCAGUAUCGGUGGUUUGCUUGGAUCCUUUUACGUGGGAUCGGUUGCUGAUAGUAUUGGCAGACGGAAGACGGCUUUAGUCCACUGCUGUAUUUAUUUCAUUGGGUCCGCUCUCAAUGGACUCAGUAAUUCAUACCAUGCUUUGUUAGCUGGAAGAUUUGUGGCUGGUAUUGGCGCUGGUUCCGCCCUUGUUGUCACAUCACUUGUCAUUAACGAAAUCGCCCCACCUCUGUACAAGGGGUUUUUGGGUUCCAUGAAUCAAGUGUCUGUGAACGUCGGUAUUCUUUUCACGCAAGUGCUUGCCCUCAAGUGGAACAAUGAUAAUGACUGGAGGUUCAUCUUGUUCAUGGCCGCUGCAAUUGCUUUGGUUAACUUCUUCCUUGUCUUGAGCUACAUGGAAGAAUCGCCAAUGUGGCUCGUGAACAAUGGUAUGUCCGAUCAGGCAUUUACUGUUUUACACAAAUUGCGAGGCGGUGAAUAUGCUCUUGCCCGGAACGAAGUGAAUAGUUGGAAGCAGGCUUCCGGAAUCGAGGAAGAAGACGCCAACUUGUUAGCCGGAGAAGAAGAGCAAAGACCAACAAGCAAGUCGGCUGUUUCUUUGCGUGAAUAUUUGAAACUGUCAGAGUAUAAGAAUUCAAAGACGGUGGCUACUGGCAUCUUGGUACUUCAGCAGUUUUGCGGAAUCAACUCCAUCAUCUUUUAUGGUGUUUCUGUUUUGAUUUCCAUCUUCCCAACUAAAGCUGUUAUGAUCAAUUGCUUGAUCUCGACUGUGAAUGUCAUCGUGACGUUUGCGUCCGCCCCUCUUGUUGACAAGUUGGGCAGAAAGCCUCUCCUUAAGACUUCAGUUACCUUUAUGGGUAUUGCCGCUGCCCUUCUUGGCUUUGGCAUUCAAACAACUAACUCUCUUUUCUCGGUGGUCGGAACCUUUGUCUACAUUGCAUUCUUUGCAAUUGGAUUAGGACCUAUCCCAUUUUUAUUGGUCGGAGAAGUGACCCAACCAAAGGCAAAAGCGCUGGCACAAAGUUUUGGUGUUACUAUGAAUUGGGUGGCCACUUUUGCGGUUGGUUACUUAUUCCCCGUUCUUAGAAACUCGUGGCUUGGAGGUGGCACCUACUACAUUUUCACCGCUAUGUGUGCGGUGACAUACAUCUUUGUCAAAACAUGUGUUCCCGAGACUAAGGGUAAGAACACUUAUGAAGAAGUUUGGGGUAUCCGUAACCAGUUGGAGUGA